GGUGUCAUGUUGUUCUUGCUAUAGUUAACGUUAGUCACUGUAGUUUGAGAUAACAUUGCCUCAAUACAUCGAAGUGUUCACAUAUCUUCAUUCUAUCCAGCUUCAGCGCCACAGUCGACCAUUAUUGUGUGAAAGCAGCUAAAAUGGUACCCAAGUGAAAGAUGUCAUCAUUAAGCCCGAUGCUCCCAGCACGCUGCUGCUGGACAAACAUGCCGACUACAUCGCUGCCUACGGCUCCAAAAAGGAUGAUUAUGAGUACACGCUGUCAGAGUACCUGAGGAUGAGCGGCAUCUACUGGGGACUGACUGUGAUGGACCUGAUGGGGCAGCUGCCCCGCAUGAACCGGCAGGAGAUUGUCGACUUCAUCAAAUCCUGUCAGCACGAGUGUGGAGGCGUCAGUGCCAGCAUCGGACACGACCCCCACCUCCUCUACACCCUCAGCGCCGUCCAGAUCCUUUGCUUGUAUGACAACGUGGAUGCGCUUGAUGUGGACAAAGUGGUAGAGUACAUUAAGGGGCUGCAGCAGGAAGACGGCUCAUUUGCGGGCGACAAAUGGGGGGAAAUAGACACAAGAUUUUCCUUUUGUGCGGUUGCUACACUUGCAUUACUGGGAAAGAUUGACUCUAUAAAUGUUGACAAAGCCGUGGAGUUUGUCUUGUCCUGUAUGAACUUUGACGGCGGUUUCGGCUGCAGACCCGGUUCAGAGUCUCAUGCUGGUCAGAUAUACUGCUGCUCUGGCUUCCUGUCGCUCACCGGUCAGCUGCACCAGGUGAACGCUGACCUGCUGGGCUGGUGGCUCUGCGAGAGGCAGCUCCCGUCCGGAGGCCUCAAUGGACGCCCAGAGAAGCUUCCAGAUGUGUGCUACUCGUGGUGGGUCCUAGCAUCCCUCAAAAUCAUUGGGAGGAUCCACUGGAUCGACAAGGCCAAGCUGCGUUCAUUUAUACUCGCUUGCCAAGAUGAGGAGACCGGAGGUUUUGCCGACAGACCGGGAGACAUGGUGGAUCCUUUCCACACUCUGUUCGGAGUUGCGGGUCUCUCCCUCCUCGGAGACGAACAGGUCAAGGCGGUUAAUCCGGUCCUCUGCAUGCCCGAGGACGUCCUUCAGAGGAUUGACCUGCAGCCUGACAUCCUCAGCUAGUCAUCAUCAUCACCCCCCCACACACACACACACACACCCACCCACCCACUCACAAAGACGCACUCUGCUGAACAACCACGGCUGGAUGUCAGCAGCAGAGAGCCGCACACGCGUCUCUGUGUCAGCUAAGGUCUACGGAUACCCGUUUUGAGAUGCAGGACUUCGUCUCUGCUACCUAAAGCCAAAAAGAGUUGUGUGCAGUGGUGAGCUGGUUUCUCUGUCUUCAAACCCUCAACCGCUCAAUUGUUAUCGGCCAGAAGACGGAGACCAUUGUCUCUCUCUUUUUAAUGUGCGUGAAUGACAAAGAAGUAUUCAAUCUCUCUAUUGAAUUGAAAACACAUGUGUGGAACAGACGAACAUGAGCACGUUUGCUCAGUGGAUUCCAUGUUUUGUGGCCUGAGACACUUGACCGGUUUGAAGACGUCACAUCUUUCUUUUUUCUUCGUUUGUUUUGAACUAGUGCAAAACUACUACAGCUGUGGUAAUUGGUAAGACCUGGCGAUGCAACAAAGUAGUGUUGAUGUUCCUUCAGCUGUCAAUCCAUGCAGAUAUUGUGCUUUUUGCUGGACCUGGUUAAAAAAAGGCAGUAUUUUUGUUUAAACGUACUCGUGAGAGUAUAUUUAACGUCUCAUCCACACUCACAGCUACACUAUUUAUUUAGAUCCAUGGUACUCUGCUGUAUUUGGUGAUGCAGCUGGGGGUAAAUGCUUCAGAUUCCCUCCCAAACUGAAAUAUUUCUUUUGGGUUUUUAAUUCUUGAGUGUUUUAACCAUACUAAAUUGGUUAAAAUGUUGUUUUCUUUGUAAUGCCACACACUUGUCUUACUGAAAGCAAAUUGUAUCUGUUGUUGGAUAACUGUUCAUGACAUCAUAAUAUAAGAUAAAUAAAUCAAGUUGAAUAUA